AAACGACGAAGGAUUGGUGCGACACAUUCUGGAAUAUCUCCACACUCUGAUGCGAAACUCCGAAAGUGCUGCGCUACUGCUGAAGGAGCCGCCAGGCCCAAAGAAAAGAGAAGACUAGGUCCUGAUUUCCCAAUCACCGCAAGCUACCAUUAGUUUGCUUCGGCGCAUUUUGCCUCAAGACGCGUUGCCGGCAGAGAUGUGGCAGCGGCUCAUCAAGGCGUCUGCUGGGGGGCGAAGCGACGUUGGCGAGAGCGUCGAUGAUACGGGCGAUAUUCAACUCGGUAGCGCGGCCCCGCCUCGGACGGAAUCAUCAGCGCUCGCUGUUUCGCAAAACACUUCGGAUAUCCAGAUCGGCUCAGGACAUGGUAAAGAUAUCGUGAAAGAAAAUGUGCCAGAUUGGAAGGAGGCAGUCGCUGCGAAGUUUCAAAAGAAGCCUGCGGCGCGAAAUGGGAAAGCCGCCAGCACCGAUAACAACAAAACGAACACCGGCCUAAACCACACUUUAACGGGAAGGAAAGACCAGAAUGGACCUUCGAAGAGAAAAGAGCACCCCGAUGGGACUAGCGGAGCGGAGAAUCCAGCAACAAGAACGAAAGGCCGUAAGCUAAGUCCCAGAGCUCCAGCAGGCGCCCCGGACGAAGAAAGCAGAUUACGCGAGUUUGAUGAUGAAGAGCGGCGGUUCGCUGAGGCCAUCUUGCAAACAGAAAACCCCGGGAGCGACCAACCUCGGUUUAACUUGAAUAAUGCGCAGCUGAAGGACAUCAUUGCCAAAGCCCGAGCGGUAGCUAACAAUGAGGGGCUAGACAGAUGCCUCGAAAUUCUAGAGUAUUGGUGUGACUCCGGUACGCUUGUGGACGCUGACAUCCUGCGUAAAAUGGAAAACUUCUCUCAAGAAAAAACGGAUGCCGCCGGAAACGACUUGGUUCAAAAUUUGCGAUGCUGGCAUUUCAUCGCUGGACAGAUCAGCGAGAGCAGCAAUGUACCGUACUGUCUCUCGCAUGCCCUACUUGGUGCGGCUUUCUCGUCCUUUUCUAAACAGCAUUCGCGCGAGGGGGAACCAGAUAUGGUAGAGCCUAUGGAAAGGCUUUUCUGGCAGUUGCAUCCUGAGCUUGCCGCCGGCGAAGGUGACCCGAGAGUGGUCCAUCGGGACUUGUGGCAAAUGCUUAUGUCACGCAUGAUCAAGGCGCAACGUUGGCAUAAUGUUACUCAAAGACUUGGAUGUGGUGUAGUGUUCGUGUUCACGCCGGAAGACAUCCCUAACUCCUGGAUUGAGCAGAGUGUCGGGAACGAGAAGAUUGAUGCGUGGCUGACAGCGGUGACGAAGUGUAGGGGUUGUAUUGUGCAGUCUUGUAAAUCCAUGAUGCCGGGAGUUCUGGGUACACCAGAGGAGCUUGUAUGUGGCGGUCCGCUGCCGGAAAGGUUGUUGAGGAUAGAAAUGGCAGAGUUUGCAGAGAAUGCUGACGACGAGGAAAGAGCAAGGUUGUUGCAGGGUAAAAAUUGA